AUGUCUUUCAAUUCAUUUCCAAUAAAUCCGAAUGAAACAAUUUCUACGGAUACUUUUCCAAAAAUCGUUGUUAAUAAUACUAAUAAUGGUUUUAAACAACCACCGCCAUUACAUGCACGUUUAUUAUGUGAAUUAAUUGGUACUUGUCUUUUCAUAUUUUUUGGUGCUGGAUGUGCAGCAAAACCGCAUGAUCUUUUAACGGUAUCUGCUGCACAUGCACUUGUUACUGUAUGGCUUGUCUAUGUAUUUGGACCUGUAUCUGGUGGUCAUUUUAAUGCAGGAGCUACAAUAGCCUUUGCUGUCAAUGGAAAAAUGAAAAUUAUAGAAAUUAUUGGUUAUCUAGUAGCUCAAGGAAUAGGUUCUAUACUUGCUGGUGCAUUACUUCUUUGUCUUUAUGGUACUGGUACUUCAUUAGGUACACCAGGACUUCAACCAGGUGUAACAGUUAUGCGAGGAUUUGCUAUAGAAUUUAUCUGUACAGUAAUUCUUUCAUUUGUUAUCUUCUUUACUACAUCGUAUAAUACAUAUAAAGAGGCAGCUUUUCCAAUUGGACUUGUUGUCUUUUCAUCGUUUUUGCUUGGUGCUGAUCGAGAUGGUGCUGCAUUAAAUCCAUGGCGAUGGUUCGGUCCAGCUGUAGUUUCGAACACGUUUCAAUCAACAGCAUGGAUCUAUGUAAUUGGUCCUAUUGGUGGAUUUCUUUUUGGUUAUAUACUCUUUCGUCUUUACAAGUUAUUGUGGAACGGAAGAGCUAGUUUUCAAAUCUAG